AGCUGCUCCACCUCUUCUGACGGAAACGAACUGGCACUGAACUCGGUGAUUCUCCAACUUGACCCUCAUUACCUCAUCGUGUCCGCAGUUUUCUUUUGUUCUUUCUCUUCCUCUGCCCGUUUGCCGUUCCGCUAGCAAGGCAAAACAGAUUCAGACAUCUACGCGAACCCUACUCUGCUCUACCCUUCAUCGCCCUUGUUUUGUCAACAGCCCGACAGGAUCCACCACGAUGCCUAGGACUCGCCGCUCCGCUCGGCUUGGGAAGGAACUCAAACCCCCUUCGCCUGCACCUGUUGUUGGCGAACGCAUCGCUUCGACCAGUGAUAUGUCGCUUGCAAGCCUUCCUGAGACGGGCGAACGACAGAACACCCCAGAUGUCGUCGUCCCCAAAUCCCUUCAGACCUCCCUGGUAGCAACACCAAAGAAGUCCAUGUUCUCCUUCGGCAAUCUCACCGGUAUCACUCAGCGUACACCCCGCAACAAAACACCUAUCAAACCCAGCGAGAAAGAGAUGCACCCGCAGCUUCACCACCAGACCACCACCAAGCCACUCGAAGAAGCUCGUUGGCUGGGCUUUCUCAGCAAGGGCGCGCAUACAGAGCCGUCCAAGGGCGUGAAUAAACUAAUUUAUACCCAAGCAACCCCUACAAAGAUACCCACAACCGCUCAAAAAAGCGUGCUUAGUACCCCAGAGUUUAAGUUUCGUGUGACUCGGCCAUCUUUCGAGCUGAGCCCCGAAGCUCGCCAGCUGAUGGAAGAGACACGCGAAGAAGCUGCCAUGAUCAAGGCCCAAAUGAUGGCCGCCAAACAUGCAGGUGCAUCUAUCGCUGAUAUCAACGGAGUUGGAGGUCGAAAGUACGCCCAGGCGAAAGGUAAAGCAGGUCGCUUCAGCGACGUGCACAUGGAACAGUUCAAGAGGAUGGACUCAAUUGCCAACCAUCCAUCAUCGUUUAGAGCAGACCCCAACCGCUUCAAGCAAGCAGAGGUGCGGAAGUCUCUUAAGCGCUCGCCAUCGAAGGCCCAGCUUGAUGACGAAGACGCUCCGCCAGCAGUGAGACCUUCACCCUCGAUGUCAAGACUCCCGGCGCAUGCCAGCUCAGGUGCUCGUCCGAGAUCUACUGUCAAGCUAGUCUCUGAAACAGUUGAGGAUAUUCCUGCAGUCAUCUUCUCUAACAAACGGAACAAACACAGCGCUGAGCAGGAUGUUUCUUCCAUGCGACCAGCUGAUAAGUCUGCCACACCCAAAACUAUGAUUCCCAAGCUUCCAGCAAGCAUCUCGAGACUUCCUUCAGUCUGCACUCCAACCAGAUCGUCUCUUGCUCGGGCCCAGAGCGUAAGAGUUGCCAAGACGCCCCAGUCCAACAUUCCCUCACUUCUUCGCACGCCAUCAACUCGCACUCCACUGAGACGUAAUAUCAGCCCUUCGCGAGCCAAAAGUACAAUCAGAGAAGGUGUUCAGCAGAUCAGUGACUCUCUAAGGCAGAAAGGUGGUGUUCGCGGUAUUUUGCGAAGCCCUCAGCGGCAUUUCUCGAAUGAUCCGCUUAAGAUAGCAGCAGGCACUCAUGUUGCAACUCCGGAUCGCGUCAAAUACGGUUCCAAUAUAGACAAGUCACUUCCAGCUGUACCAUUUACUGCACCAGUCAGCAAGACUAGACGUGUUGAGUUCACAGCGAGCACCGUAGCCAGGGCCGAACGUGAUGCCCCGAAGACUCCAACGCCGGUCGCAAACACGGACGAUGUCGAGCCACCGAUCGAGUACCCUUCUCUCGAGAUCGAUUAUCCUUCUCUUACCGCUUCUACCAGCUCUCCAUCCCCUGCACCCUCUCGCCGCCGCAAGACUUUGAACGAGCUAUCGAUUCCUGGUAGUUUCACUUUCAGAUCUGAGAGGCAAGUUUCUUUCGGUCCGGUGACUUCAGGCAUCAAAUCGAUCCGUAAGACUCAAGGUAGCAAUGUUUGUGAAGGUGUUCAGAAUAUUGGUAAGAAGCGCAAGCUUGAUGAUGUAGAGGAAAGCCUAGAGAGCGACAAAGAAAACAAGCCAUCGGCCGAGAAUGAAGACGACAUUGAAGAGGGUCGCAAUCGCAAAAGAGCUAGAAAGUCGGUCGACCAAACAUCUACUGCUCCAUCGAAGAUUCCUUCUUCUCCUGCCGACAAAUCGUUACGACAAGGUAUCUUCACUCUGGCGUCUUCACAUUUUCUCAACGUCAUCUCUGACAUCUUCGGCCGCCGGCUCAAGAAUACUACUCCCUACCAGCCUGCAACAUCCUUUAAAGACGAGUUGGUGGGGCGCAAGUGGGACUUGCUACUUCAUUACACGGACAAGCAGUACAUCGUGGAUCGAUUACGAGGUUUUUCCUCACGGUUAGUCGACGACGAUUCGCUCGUCUACUCGACUGCUGGCUUUAUCUUGUUCGUUGCAGCCGUCCUCCUCUUGUUUUUCGGCCGUCAACGUUCUCGUCUGCCAGCACUGCAAUCUCCACCCUCCUUUACAACCUGUCCUGAGGCUAAGAAGCAGAAGAAUAAGGAGAUGUCAUCCUGGAGCUCUCGGUUUGGCCAGAUGGCUGGCAAAUUCUCUCCGUUUGGGCGCAACGCAAAUUCCGGUAAUAACCAGGUCACCGACUCUGACUUCAGCUAUAUAACAUCGGAAGAUCUCGCUCGUCACGCUAUAUCGAACAAUCAAUCCCAACAUGCCGCCUCCCCUGGUGCGAACGACGACACAAUCAUUUUACGAAAUAAAAAGUUGAGCUAUCCUAUCCACUUCCCCAGCGGUAGCCUCUCUAGUGGCGAAAUCACAAUCGGAGUGCUCCGCAUCGCCGCAGCCCAAAAGCUCGAGAUCCGCGACGCAAGACGUAUAAAACUCCUUUACAAAGGCAAGAACCUCAAAGAUGACAAGGCGCUUGCUCGUGACGAAGGUCUACACUCGGAUCACGCCUCUGAAGUACUCGUCACCGUCAGCGAAGCAUCAGACAGCUAUCUCGACACUCGUGACGCCACGGAUGAUCGCAGUGUCCUCAGUGCAAGCUCCGACGACGAAUCCGCUGAUGACAGUGCUACCCCCUCCAAUACUGCAAGUAAGAAGAGGAAGACGCGCAGCAAGCGUAAGAAGCGUGGCGGCGCAAGUGGGCGCAAAUCUCCGACCUCAUCUUCGACUCAGGCAUCCGCAAGAUACACAAAUAACACCCCCCGCCCUGCUGAGUAUCUACCUAUACCUUCAACUGCAAACCUGCGACCCUCCUCUGCGCCACCCAUCUCCGCGCCACAGCCCUCGCUGUCAAAUCCGCCAAUGACUCAGCUAGAUGCGCUAGAGAGCCAUUUUCGAAUUACAUUACAACCACAAUGUGAAGAGUUUCUGCGUAGCACACCGGGCGAAGGAGUGGAGAUGGCGAAGUGGACGAUGAAGCAGAAGGGCUUGGCGGAGACCAUAUUGGUGCAGGUUAUGCUAAAGCUGGAUGCGGUGGAAACCGACGGCAAUCAUGAUGUGAGGAUGAGGAGGAAAGAGCUCGUGCGCGAGGUACAAGGUUGGUUGGAUCGGUUAGAUCAGUACGCAGGAACUUCGAAAUGAGAUAAUGCUAGGACGAGGAAGUGAGAAAUAUGGGAGUGAAGAUGGGACCAAUGGGGGAAGGAGACGAUGGAUGAUCUUGCGAUAUAUAGUGCAUUACAUGAGUUUGACUUUGGACAUUGGGUUACAUCCUGGGCAUGCUUCUAUGAACAUACUGAGAAGUAUCUUGAGAAGGUCAAGGCCGCUACAGCGCAGUAUAUAAACAGGGGACAAUAGAUCUGAAAGGCUUCUCCACCU